AUAUAUAUGUAUAUAUAUAUAUAUAUAUAUAUAUAUAUAUAAUCCUUUGAUUUCAUUUUACACAGCUUCACCUAAAACUGCAAGUAGAAGUCACUUUAUUACCUACUGCAUGUUGUUACACAUGAAAAUAAUGGCCAACAACUUGAAACAAAACAAACUAAAGAAAACACUGUGUAGUUGACUCUACCCAUGAGUUGCAAUGUUGUAAAUUACGAGCACUUGUUAUACCUGCUUAUGUAAAUGCAAAAACUAUGCUAUUUUAAUUUGUUAAUCCUUACAUACAGUGAAAGAUUCAAGAUAAUCUAAGGAAGUAGGCGUACAAACACUUCAUUUUUUUAAGUAUCCCUCUGUCAAACAUUUACUGCAUGGACAUCUGAACUUGCGUACCAAACUAACCUGUCUGUGCUUUCAAAGAUGUACACAGGAACUUGGUGUAUUCACUGCACCAAAGAAGUCCAUGUAUCUACUGACAGUGUAACAUCCUGCUGAUUGUUAAUAUUAAGAAAAUGUAUUUUAAAAGCAGGAAGCAAGCAGUAGAGUGAUACUUUUUGACUCGGUACAGGUAAAAGCCUACCUUAUGGAAGCCCUUCCUGACAGAUAUUUUUUUCCUCUAUUUCUGGCAGUAUAUCAAAAUAAGUCGUUUUUUUCAAUGUACAAGAUGUCAUUGUUUUCUCAAAAUUUUGAUUUAGUAUCUGGAAAUGAUACGGACAGAGAAGGUCAAAGUAAUUCUUUCUUGAUUUUAAGUCAUUAUUUUGACACAGUAAAUUGUUCAUAAAUACAUCAUUUCGAGAUACUAUGUCAAAAAGUUUAUAUACUCAUGCCAGAACCAGGGGAGGGGGAAAAAACUCUUUACACCUUUACCUGGCGGGAAUGUGUUUCCAUUACCAGUGUAAUCAUAAUUAUGAAAAGUACUACACAAUCAGAUUAGUCUAGUGGAGGAGUGUUAUUUACUGCUCUCAGUAAAGUGCUACGUUUGCUAGCCUUUCAGCUGACUUCUUUUCCAGCGCUUCAGACUGCAGCCGUUCCUUUUUCACCUUUAUGGCAUGUACAUGUUGUGUAAUAAACUGGUUCGUUUCAAACGUUUCUGGGCAUUUAUGAGAGACUCUUUCUAAGCACAUAGUGUUCCUCUGACUCCUAUGUCGCUUAAACGAUACGUUCCACUCCUCACAUCCUCACUGCCAUAUUAGGAGAGUAACGUGAGGGGAGUUUUUGUUUUGGACGAAGUUGAGCAGCUUCGAUUAGUGGCGCAACGCUUCAGACACAGUUUGGAAUAUGUGUAUUCAAGCUGUACCACAAAACCGAGCCAUCGUGUCUUAAAAUGACUUGACUUGAAAUUAUGGCACUCCGAACUGGACGACGAAGCUUUUAAACUAUGUCUGUCCUGAGAGACCACACCUGUGAGAGCUGGGAGUGGGAUACCGAAGGAAAGUCGCCUGAUGCCUAUCUGUCUCCAUGCCGGCAGGCCGUCUACUUUCACAUCAGCCCCCUGUUGGAGAGCCAGGGCACUGCAGGCGUCCGAGGAACUAAAGGUUUCUCUUAUGGUGAGCACUACUGGGAGAUUGAGUUUCUGGAGCCUCCUUACGGCAGUUCUGUGAUGGUGGGAGUAGGUACAGUGAAUGCACGUCUGCAUGCAGGGGAACAGUUUAUCAACCUAAUAGGUAUGGAUGCUGAAAGUUGGGGUCUGUCAUAUAAAGGCUUUCUCUGGCACAAUGGUCAGAGCCGCAAGUACACAGAACCAUUCUAUGACCAAAACACAGUCAUCGGGGUUUUACUGGACCGAACCACAGGAACACUAACAUUCUAUCGUAAUGGAGAAAACCUUGGACUGGCCUUCUCUAACCUGGAUCAGGUUAGCAAUGCCCUGUUCCCGAUGGUGAGCUCCACAGCCCCUGAGACUGAGCUGCAGCUGGGCCUGAGAACAUUUCGUCUCUCUUCUCUACAGGAACACUGCAUUCACACCAUCACACACUGCCUUGGCCGCCUUGGACACACACACUUGCUGCCUCUGCCUCGUGUAUUACGCUGCCAAAUACACACAUAUAGCAUACGCAGCUAAAACUAAAAGACACACACACACAUACUUUCAAAAUUGAAUUUUUGUAUUAUUUAUUUACUGGGUAAGUAUUCUAAAGGUACUGUCCUAAAAAUGUAAAAAGUAACUGUAUUGUGAAUACGGUCUUUUCAAAAUGUAAAUUGGACUGACUUCAGAUGCUUAAUUUCUGUAUUCUAAAUACAUAUUCUCAAUACUUGUAUUCAAUUUCCACUUGGAUUCCCAAUCCUGUAUACUGGGUUAGUCUUAGGACCUCAGAAUCCUCUCCCUUAUUUAGACUGAUUAAUGUGAGUGUUCUUUUUCUUUGCUGGACAGUACUGAGUUCAUUUGAAAAUGCAUGGAAGUCAAACAGAUACCUUUCAGUUAGCAUGUUGUAAUUUCCUUAAUACUAACUAAUAGCAUCCACUCGUUACGUUUGGUCAAGCUGUUCCAUGAAGAAUCAGACAAAUAGUGACUGAACAGACUGAUCUCUUUUUGUAGAGCAAGACGUAGCAUGAUAAGUUUUUGCUUAUCAGUAGCACUGCUUUCUUUUGCUCACAUGGCUGGCCACAUGACAUCAGAAAUAGUAACUGAAGGCUCAGAACUGCUAUGUAAAAAUGUAAAACUGAAUCUUCACGACAGCCCUCGAACAAGAACCCCCACUAGGCUUACACCAAUAUGCUAUGACCUCAAGGUAUGCUUUGUUUACUACAAAUUCAGCAUUUGUUUAAAAAAAAAAAAAACCCUGGAAUACAUAGAUAAUAUCAAUACAGACAGGAGGUAAUCUUGUGCUCCUAUUUAACUGAAGUACACCAAAUAUAAGAUGUACUGCAUCACUAUUCGUUUGCUGUCUACACAGCUUGUGUUUAUAUACUGCACCCAUAUGAUUAAUCAUCAUAUAAACUCCUCAAAUCA